UCAUUGACAACUAUCCGUAGCUACAGUCAUUACCGACUAGUAGUCAUACUACUCCCAAGUCCUAACUCCUAAGAAGAAAACACUUCGGCGUCUCCUGUUUCUCUCUUUCUCUCCCAACCUCUAGAAUAGAUUCCGUAGCCCACCUGGAAGAAUCCCAAAUCUCAUAAACCCUAGAUUCAUUAAAUCCCGGAAUCAGAGAAGAACAAGGAGCGGGCUCCCAAUUUCUGUUCGUUGCGAUCCAGACUCGGCCGAUUGUCUGAAAGGAGAAAACUUUUUUCCUGCUCCAGCUCAUUUUGCAUUUGGGCCUUUGGUUAUUCGGAGUUCUAUGCCGACUAUGCAUAGAUCUGGAGCUGCCAUGGCUUGGAAUGUUUUCAAAUUCUGUACUGCCCUGCGAGGUCUGGGUUCAAUCAUGAUCUUGUUGGUUCUAGGUGUUGUCGGUGUCACUUAUUACGCUGUCGUUUUGACCAAUUACGGGCCGGCUUUGUACGAUGGUGGCGUCGACUCCUUUAAUGCUCUCCUUGUCUUGGUCCCAUUCCAUUGCUUGGCUGCAGGAUGGGUUUACGUAUCCUGUUGGUCUAAUGAAAGUGAGAUAGCGUCAGACAAUAAAUGGAAGCUUGCAGGAAUAGAGAAAGAUAGGAAUGAUGGGUUUCUUAGAGCCAGGAGGUAGGCAGUGUACUGAACUGAACAGCUUAUCCAUGGAACUGAAACUUGGGUUGAUGUUCUUGGCAGCUGAUCAUGCUCCUGUGGAGCUACUUCUCCGUUGUGUUAACUGAUCCCGGUAGUGUUCCUCCGACUUGGAGGCCUUCUGCUGACGAGGAAAGAGGAGAAGCUGAUCCAUUGAAUGGUCAAGAGUUUAAUAGUGUGCAGAAGGACCUAGCUAAGCCUAGAGUACGGUACUGCAGGAAGUGCAACCAGCUCAAACCGCCUCGUUGCCACCAUUGUUCUGUUUGUGGAAGGUGUGUUUUGAAGAUGGAUCAUCACUGUGUUUGGGUUGUAAAUUGUGUUGGUGCAUUAAAUUACAAGUAUUUCCUUUUGUUUUUGUUCUACACAUUUCUGGAGACAAGCCUAGUGACUGUGUCUUUACUACCACAUUUUAUUGCAUUCUUCGGUGAUGGAGAAAUCCCUGGCACACCAGGCACUCUGGCGACCACAUUUCUAGCUUUUGUCCUGAAUCUGGCUUUUGCACUAAGCGUGCUGGGAUUCCUAAUCAUGCAUAUAUCAUUGGUGGCCACUAAUACCACGACGAUUGAGGUAAAAAAAAAAACCUUCUUCUUUUUGUGCUGUUUCCUUAUGUAUCUGAAAUUGUAACGCUGAGAUAUUUGUCUACCUGCAAGCUUGAAUAUUGAGUCCGUUGACAUAGACAGACUGUUAUGUUUGUUCACCAAAGAAAAAGUUGGUGCGUAUCCACUUUUGUCUAAUCUGGCUGCUUGGUGGUCUUUGCAAUUUAUGAUGAAUCAAAUAUGCAUUCUUGAUUGUCUACGAAAGAAUGCCUAUGUUGUGAUUGCUAUAGUCUUUGCCUGGAAACCAAGGAUUGAAAUACCGUACCAGAGGUCGUACCGGAAAAGUCAGCGGUAGGGUACUUUAUGCUAAAACCGUGGUUUAACCAUGGUUCAACCGUAUUAUACCCCCUGCCGAUUUUGCUUCCGGUAGAAGGUUUUUCAGGUCAAACCGCCGGUACGGUAUUUUAAUCCUUGCUGGAAACAUUUGUUGAUUUUUAUCAUCUAGUUAUUACUAUAUAUUGUCUUGAUCAGGCGUACGAGAAAAAAACCACACCAAAAUGGCGUUAUGAUCUGGGACGAAGGAGGAACUUCGAACAGGUUCUUGGCACGGAUAAAUGGUACUGGUUCAUUCCAGCUUACUCCGAUGAGGAUUUAAGACGAAUGCCUGCACUUCAAGGGCUGGAAUACCCGUCAAGGCCAGAUUUCGAUUCAGAAGAGUUCUUCUAGGAUCCAGCCUGCUCUUCUAUGGAGCCCCACCAAAUGUUCCUAACCAUAUUGUCCCAUGUGCAUCCUCCUGUCCUGUAGAAACAACACGGAGAGAGAGAGAGAGAGAGAGAGAGAGAGAGAGGAUUGUAGCACUUGUAAAGCUGACACGCAGAGCAACAUGCGACAAGUAUGCGGCUGUUGAUGACUUGACGGGGAAUGUAAGAUAAAGAGGGGAUGUGUGGAGACGAGACGAGGCUGAUUUUGCUGAUACGCUGAUGUAGAGAAUCAAUGUGUUGUACCAUUCCUGGAAAUAAGUAUGCAUGUUUUUUUGCGGCUUGCGGCCCUUUCUUCUUGUGUGAAUAUUAUGCCUCCUAGCCUCUGCAAAGUGUAGUGUAUGAUGUAUACUUAUUGGAAGAAGUAUGAUAUCCUUAACGGAGCAAUGUUAACAG